UGUUCCAACGAUGACGUCCCUGGGGGGAAGCGGUCAGUCUGUCACGGAGUAUGUCGUCCGCGUUCCCAGGAACCCCAGCAAGAGGUACAAUGUCAUGGCCUUCAAUGCUGCGGAUAAGGUGGACUUCUCUACAUGGAACCAGGCUCGCAUGGAGCGUGACCUGAGCGCCAAGAAGAUGUAUCAGGAUGAGGAGUUGCCUGAUACCGGGGCUGGCAGCGAGUUUAAUCGUAAGCUGAGGGAGGAGUCCAGGCGCAAGAAGUACGGCAUCAUUCUCAAACAGUUCAAGGUGGAGGACCAGCCCUGGUUACUGAGGGUUAACGGCAAGGCCGGACGCAAGUUUAAAGGAAUUAAAAAAGGUGGAGUGACCGAGAACGCCUCCUACUUCAUCUUCACCCAGUGUCCUGACGGAGCGUUCGAAGCGUUCCCUGUCUCCAACUGGUACAACUUCACACCCCUGGCCAAGCAUCGGACGCUGACUGCAGAAGAGGCCGAACAGGAAUGGGAAAGGCGAAACAAAAUCCUGAACCACUUCACCAUUAUGCAGCAACGCCGCCUGAAGGACCAAGGUGGAGGGGAUGAGGACGAUGAGGAAGGAGGUGGCAAGCAGGACAAGGGAGGGAAGAGCAAGAAAAAGAAGAGUGACCUGAAAAUCCAUGACCUGGAGGAUGAUCUGGAGAUGAGCUCCAGCGAGAGCGAGGGCAGCGGAGAUGACGGUGAGCGUCGGCCAAAGGCUCAAAAAGCUGCACGAAAUAAGAAAAAGAAGAAGAAUAAGGUUGAUGACGAAGGCAUAGAGGACAGCGACGACGGCGACUUUGAGGGACAGGAAGUGGAUUACAUGUCCGAUCGGAGCAGCAGCUCAGAUGAUGAACUUCCUGGUAAACCCAAAGUCACUAAGGAGGAGGAUGGGCCUAAAGGAAUUGAUGAGGCGAGUGAGAGCAGCGAGGAGAGCGAAGAGGAGAAGGUGGAGGAGGAAGAAGAUGAAGAGAAGAAAAAUACCACACCUCAGGAGAAGAAGAGGAAGAGAGGAGACAGCAGCGAAGAAUCGGACACAACAGACGACAGCGAUAUUGACAAAGAAUCAUCCUCGGCUCUUUUCAUGCAGAAAAAGAAAACUCCCCCGAAGAAAGAUAAAAAGGGGGGCUCCAACAGCAGCUCCCGCGGCAACAGUCGGCCCGGUACCCCGACUCCAGAUUCCGCCAACACUUCCAACACUCUCAAAGCUGCAGCCAGCAAACUGGAGCAAGGUAAACGCGGCGCCCUUCCUCAUACGCCAGCCGCAAAACGCUUAAAAAUGGAGUCUGGGCCGCCGAGCACGUCUGGAAAAUCGACCCCACAACCGCAGUCAGGGAAAUCCACACCGUGCAGCGGGGACAUCCAGCUGACGGAAGAGGCCGUCCGGAGGUACUUGACCCGCAAGCCGAUGACGACCAAAGACUUGCUGAAGAAGUUCCAGACCAAGAAGACUGGACUGAGCAGCGAGCAGACGGUGAACGUGUUGGCCCAGAUUCUGAAGAGACUGAACCCCGACCGCAAAACCAUCCACGACAAAAUGCACUUCUACCUAAAGGAAUGACCACAGGCUUACAGCAAGAGCUCCUACUUCCUUUUCCACUCAUUCAUUGUGUCAGAAGGCUGGAAUCUGAU